AUGUCCAGUGAAUCCGAUGCAUCCGUAAACAAACUCUCUUGCGCCAACUGUUCCAAACCUGCAAAUCUUCAGUGUCCGAAAUGCAUGGAAUUGAAGCUUCCUCGGGAAGGUUCUGCAUUCUGCUCUCAAGAAUGUUUUAAAUCUUCGUGGAGUUCGCACAAAUCAGUGCAUCUGAAGGCAAAGCUAUCUUCAGCUGGUACACAGAAUUCAGACUCAGUUGGUGAAGGAUGGCUAUAUUGCGUGAAGAGAGGGCAGGGUCGAAGUCCAAAGCUUCCUUACUAUGACUGGACUGGGGCGCUGCGGCCAUAUCCUAUAUCUCCUAAACGGAUUGUCCCAGCUCAUGUUGUUAUACCUGAUUGGGCUGAUGAUGGAAUUCCCAUAAUUGAGCCCAAUAGUGAUCUGCAGCAUACUGUUGAGAUCAAGUCACCAGAUCAAAUUGAAAGAAUGAGAGAAACUUGUCGGAUUGGAAGAGAGGUGUUGGAUGCUGCUGCUCGGAUUAUUCAGCCCGGUGUGACAACUGAUGAAAUUGAUAGAGUAGUUCACGAGGCAACUAUUGCUGCAGGAGGAUACCCAUCACCUCUCAAUUACCAUUUCUUUCCAAAAUCUUGCUGCACGUCUGUUAAUGAAGUGAUCUGCCAUGGAAUUCCUGAUGCAAGGAAGCUCGAGGAUGGUGACAUUGUAAAUGUUGAUGUCACUGUAUACUAUAAAGGUGUUCAUGGUGAUCUCAAUGAAACGUACUUUGUGGGAAAUGUGGACGAAGAGUCACGUCAGUUGGUCAAAUGCACAUAUGAGUGCCUGGAUAAGGCAAUAUCCAUUGUUAAACCUGGGGUACGAUUCCGUGAAGUUGGCGAAGUUAUUAAUCGUCAUGCUUCAAUGUCAGGCUUCUCAGUGGUAAAAUCGUAUUGUGGUCAUGGAAUUGGAGAGCUUUUCCAUUGUGCACCAAACAUUCCUCAUUAUGGAAGAAAUAAAGCAGUUGGUGUGAUGAAGGCUGGUCAGACUUUUACAAUUGAACCAAUGAUCAAUGCAGGUGUCUGGCGAGAUCGAUUGUGGCCUGAUGGAUGGACUGCUGUUACAGCAGAUGGUAAACGAAGUGCCCAAUUUGAGCAUACUCUUUUGGUGACAGAAACUGGUGUCGAAGUUUUAACAGGGAGGUUGCAGACAUCACCCAAUGUUUUUCCUUGGUUAAAUUCAUAA